UAUUUUUGGCAAUUAAAUAACAAGCCAGGGUUUUGGGUAGGGUUUGCUUCAAGCUUUGAAUUUGAAGCAGCCACCAACAAUGAAGAUGAAUAAGGAAGCAGACGCGGGUGGACCCAAAAACCCAGAAAUGGAUAUGGAUCAAGACCUGAAAGUAGCGGAGAAGAAAGCCGUUGGACCCUCCUCAACUUCAGCUUAUCUUGAUCCUCACUACUGGGAUGAGAGGUUCUCUACUGAGGAACACUAUGAGUGGCUUAAAGAUUACUCUCAUUUUCGCCACCUCGUUCAAGCUCAUGUCAAACUUGGUUCCUCUGUAUUGGAGCUGGGCUGUGGAAAUUCUCAGUUGAGUGAUGAACUGUACAAAGAUGGGAUUACUGAUAUAACAUGCAUCGAUCUGUCGGCUGUUGCGGUUAAGAAGAUGCAGGAACGUUUACGGCUGAAAGGAUAUAAAGAAAUAAAGGUUUUGGAGGCUGACAUGCUAGAGCUGCCCUUCAAUGAAGGGUGUUUUGAUGUGGUUAUUGAGAAAGGAACAAUGGAAGUGUUGUUUGUAAACAGUGGUGAUCCAUGGAAUCCACGACCUGAAACAGUGACCAAGGUCAUGGCUAUGCUUGAAGGUGUUCAUAGAGUUCUGAAGCCAGAUGGGAUAUUCAUCUCCAUUUCUUUUGGCCAGCCUCACUUCAGACGGCCUUUCUUCAAUGCUCCGAGGUUUACCUGGUCAUUUGAACAUUUCACCUUUGGUGAUGGAUUUCACUAUUUUUUCUAUAUCUUGAGGAAGGGAAAGAGAUCAUCAAAUUGUGAAGAAUCUUGUGAGAAAUGCGAGACGCCGGCUAUUAAUCUGUUUCAUGAAGAAUUGGAGAGUGAGGAUUACAUAUUUCGAACCAACAUUGAUGAAAUGGAUUGUUGAAACGCCAUUUUAGCUUCCAUGUUGUAAUCUUGAGUUCAUCCCAUUUCUUAUGUAAUUCAAGCCAUAUAAUCAAUUGGGUUGUUUGAAUUGAUUCAAA